UUGGUGGGUGGUGCGUAAUGUCGCUCUGGGCACGAGGGCGCCUAUCUCACUGGGCCGCUCGGUUCUAGGAGCCGAUCCGGGGCAGGGGGAGGAGAACACCGGGGCAGGGGGAGGAGAGCCCCAGGUUAGGGGCCGCAGCAGCCGCUCCCGGGAAGUCUGCCCGCCAGCCCGUUUGCUUCGCGGGUUCUGCCGCUCAGGAUCAGAUCAAUCAUUGACUUGCCCUCUAACGUAAUCAGUUGAAAGUGACUUCAAGUUUCUUCAGCAUGCCUGCAGCACUUGUGGAGAACAGCCAGGUCAUCUGUGAAGUCUGGGCCAGCAAUCUGGAAGAAGAGAUGAGGAAGAUCCGAGAAAUCGUGCUCAGUUACAGUUAUAUUGCUAUGGACACAGAAUUUCCAGGUGUUGUGGUGCGACCCAUUGGUGAAUUUCGUAGUUCCAUAGAUUACCAGUAUCAGCUUUUACGGUGCAAUGUUGACCUUUUAAAAAUUAUCCAGCUAGGCCUUACAUUCACGAAUGAAAAGGGGGAAUAUCCUUCUGGAAUCAACACUUGGCAGUUCAACUUCAAAUUCAACCUUACAGAGGACAUGUACUCCCAGGAUUCCAUAGAUCUCCUUGCUAACUCAGGACUGCAGUUUCAGAAGCAUGAAGAGGAAGGAAUUGACACAUUGCACUUUGCAGAGCUGCUUAUGACAUCAGGGGUGGUUCUCUGUGACAAUGUCAAAUGGCUUUCAUUUCAUAGUGGCUAUGAUUUUGGCUACAUGGUAAAGUUACUUACAGAUUCUCGUUUGCCAGAAGAGGAGCAUGAAUUCUUUCAUAUUCUGAACCUUUUCUUCCCAUCCAUUUAUGAUGUGAAAUACCUGAUGAAGAGUUGCAAAAAUCUUAAGGGAGGUCUACAGGAGGUUGCUGAUCAGUUGGAUUUGCAGAGAAUUGGAAGGCAGCACCAGGCAGGCUCAGACUCACUGCUGACAGGAAUGGCAUUCUUUAGGAUGAAAGAGUUGUUUUUUGAGGACAGUAUUGAUGAUGCCAAGUACUGUGGGCGGCUCUAUGGCCUAGGCACGGGAGUGGCCCAGAAGCAGAACGAGGAUGUGGACUCUGCCCAGGAGAAGAUGAGCAUCCUGGCGAUCAUCAACAACAUGCAGCAGUGAUGGCGACGAGGCUCUGCAGGGUGGGCCCGGUCCCAGAGUGGUGCUUAACGUGCUGACUGUGUAUACUUAUCUUCCUCCCCAAGAGAAAACACUUCUUUUGAGCAAACUGUACCUACUAUCUGCGUCGACAGAAAGACUUUUGUUUUACUGAAGACAAAAGAUGUCUUUAUUUUAGAUCCAGAAGAAGGGAGUUUGCUCUGAAUUUGUAAACGUCUUCCCUAUUCCUCAUCCCUAAGCCUCUCUUCUCCAGUUGUCUCCUGUCACCAGCAUCCAUGGCUCAUUUGACACCUUUUAAAAUCCAGGACAAGUCAGAAACAAACUAGUAAAAUGUAUAUAACUCUUA